GUGAUGCGAAGGAGACGGCAGACCAGAAUUCAAAAUUUCAAGAGACAUCAUUGACUUAUUUAUUUCUGUAUUACUGUACUACAAAGUCUCCAAAUCUAAUUUUCGACAGACAUGUCAUCUCUAUUGGUACAUGAACUUUGCUCGCAGUGUUUGGUUAUCAAAUUCUAUCCGUUUCCGGUGAGACGUCUAAAAGAAGGGAACACUUCGAGGCGACCAGCUUUAACCGCCGUUUGUCUGUUUGCUCACAGACAGCCUGGGCUUCAGCAGUGGAAUGACCCCAUCUUGCGAAAUAAGAGUCAUAGCGAAACUACGAGAGUUUGUAUGGGAAUAUUUACAUAUGAGAGGAAACAUGCAUUUCAGGAAAGCUUAUUUACUGCUGUUUCAAGUGAGCCAGAGUCUCUGGAUGUCUUGCCCAUAAGAUAAGGAAUAUUUUAUCUAAGAAAUGUUUCCUUUUAACUCCAAUCCAUUCAGGCUCAGGCUGUUUCAAAGUCAAAAGUUGUACAAUAAUAUAUGCAAAUUGUAUGCCAUUUUCUUAGCAUGAUUUAAAAUUCAUGGAUUUUUGGAGGCUAAAUAUAUUUUUUCUGAAAAGCUAAUUUUGUCCUCUU